GACCUGUUGUUUUCUUUCCCUCAGGCUUGCCGGUUCUUGCCACCUUAGAUCCCAUCCCCUUUGACUCUUUCCCUUUCAUUGUGUUUUCCUUCUCUUUCGACACCCACAGGUCUGAGUUCUUUAUCCGUUCUUCAAUGGCGCCGCUUUCACUUCUGAAACGAGCGGAAUACGGGACCACUGCAAGGUCGACAAUAGCUAUAACAUUAGACCAAAAUCUUCUCUUAGGUCCCCUCGAAAUUGGGAUAGUCGUCAGCACAAUCCUCCUCGGUGUGUUCAUAAUGCAAAGCGGAUCGUACUGGAGACACCGGAAGAGCGACCCAACGAGGUUGCAGGUUUUGGUCCUGCUUUUACUUAUUCUUGAAUUUGGACACACUUUCGCGUGCAUGGGAACGAUAUAUUAUUUCACCGUUACCACUGCAGGGAACCUCAUCAAACCAGGAUGCUGGUACUCUUUCAGCGUCGCUCUUGUCUUUGAGGCGUUUAUAAUCUCCCUCGUUCAGGCAUUCUACGUCCACCGCUGUUACAUAUUCUCCAGGAACCUGAUUCUCAGUUUAAUCGGCUACACACUCGUACUCCUCCACAUCCUCGGAUCACUCUGGAUCGCAUAUGAAUCGUGGCUAGCAGUAACGGAUCCGUACCCUUUCAGAGUCCAGACAGAAUUUGCGUGGUUGAUAUCGACAGUGCUGGGAAUGAAGGCGUUGGUGGAUGUGUAUGCGGCCGGAAGUCUGUGUUGGUAUUUGAAGAGGUCGUUAAAUGGGAUGGGAUCUGAGAGCACGACGAAAUUGGUGAAGAGGAUUUUAAUUUGGACGAUAGAAACUGGCCUCCUUACGAGCGUCACAUCUAUCGCUGUUGUGAUUUGCUUCCAGCUGAUGAAAUUCAACUAUGUAUGGACCGCAAUAUACCUGUCGUUGACGAAGCUGUAUAGUAUUUCCCUCGUAUCAUCACUGAAUCAACGCAGGGCGUACCGAAUGAAAUAUGAUGCUGUUCAGGCCGUAACUACUAUCCCCAAGAGUCCUAUGCGAUUUCAGUCAAAGUAUUCUACUGCAAGUACUUUGAAUUCAAGAGGUUCAAGUCGGCCAGCUUCGGUUUCACAGGGCCAAACACAAAGACGGUGGACGGACGCGGCGCGAUUGAUCCCUCUUAAGUUAACCGGGUCUGUCAUCCGUCGAUCGACGAUUACAGUUUGAUCUGGGACCUGACUAGGACUAGUGACUUGUUGAUCAAACGCUCAAUGUAUAUUAUGAAAGUUGAGACUGGAAACGCAUUUGUGAACCGAAGACUCACUCGU